CUGGCUCACUAGAGGUGUGCGUAAAAUUUAGAAUGUAGUAUCUGGUACACUUGUUAGAGGGCAGUAUAGUUGAAGUCUUUUGAAGAUCAGCUGAGCACAUCAUGUGAAUAACGCGAAUAAAUGUGGAUAAGAGGGGAGGAAUUGGGAGGUUGAUUCAACAGGUUGUAACCCUUCACGGAAUAUGUUGAACAGCGAAGUUAUUGGAAGAGAUGUUAUUGGCUUCGUAUUGUUCUGUAUAUGACGGAGAUUAUAGUUUUUGUUUACAUUAAGAUAUGCUGUUAAAUAGAUACUGUCAUGCAGCAGAUCCGGCCGAACGUCAUAUCUCUGUUUUCGAGUGCUCCUCCUGAGCUAGGAAAGAGAAGUCACCAGUCACCACCAGCUUGGUAGAUUGGUGGUGGGCGUGGAACAAAAGACAUGUUAACUGAUGUUAACUGCUAUGUACACCGAUGGCCGUGUUCAAUGUGAAGUGCAAUAUCAGUGUAUGGGGUUAGUUUAGAAUUCUUCCGAUAAAAUCUUUUCAAUGCCGGCCAAGGAACUGUGGUUUUAACAAGUGCUGUGAAAGAUACUGCUUAUUAUUUUUUGGGCGAGAUUAAGGAGUAUCUUUUGACGUGACGUAUUGAUUUUGUGAGGUUAUGUUUACAACAUUCGUAAUGUUUUAAUUGUAAUAUGUAAAAAUGAUAUCUGUUUUGGGAACUUAUAAAGUGUUCUAGGUGUGUCUUUCAUACAACAGUUUCAUUGAAUGUGUUGGUAGUGGUUGUUAUUGCAAUGGAUAGGGGUGAAGCAAAUGAUUCUCCUUCUGUAGAAGAACAAGAAGCAACAAAAGCCAAACAGUCUCCUGUAAAAGUGCUUCCUUUAAAGAAUAUCAGUGGGCAGAGCGUGAAGGCAGAGCUCCUGGCGGCGGCAGGGGACACCGAGGCGGAGUCAAGCGACGCGGAGGGCUUCCCAAAAUGCCACCUGCACGUGAAAGGGAUGACAUGUGCUUCUUGUGUAGCAGCGAUCGAAAAGCACUGCAAAAAACUCUAUGGUGUUCAGAGUGUCCUCGUAGCUCUUCUGGCUGCGAAGGCGGAGGUAAAGUACGAUCCUUCAGCCAUCCAGCCUGGGGACAUCGCAGCUUCCAUCUCUGACCUUGGCUUUCCCGCGGAGGUGAUUCAGGAGCCGGGGACAGGAGAAGGGGAGGUGGAGCUGAAGAUCCAGGGAAUGACAUGCUCAUCAUGUGUCAGCAAGAUCGAAUCGACUGUGAGCAAAAUGAAAGGAGUGAAGUCUGCGUCUGUGGCUCUGACAACUCAGAGAGGUCGUUUUCGUUAUGAUGCUGAACUUACUGGCCCACGGGACAUUGCGGAGGCCAUAGUUGAUUUGGGUUUCUCUGCCUCGCCUAUUACAAAUAAGGACAAAGAUGGGCGAGGUUAUUUGGACCACAGGGAAGACAUUGCCAAGUGGCGGACUGCGUUUUUGAUCUCCUUGAUCUUUGGGUUGCCCUGUAUGGUGACCAUGAUGUACUUCAUGAUGCACAUGUCCUUGGGGAGCAUGUCACAUGAAGACAUGUGCUGCAUCAUUCCAGGCCUCUCGUGGGAAAAUCUCAUCCUUUUUGUCUUCUCAACACCAGUACAGUUUUUUGGUGGAUGGCAUUUUUAUGUGCAAGCUUGGAAAGCUUUGCAACAUCAUUCAACAAAUAUGGAUGUACUCAUCACGAUGACAACAACCAUAUCAUAUGUGUACUCUGUAGCUGUGUUGAUUGCUGCAAUGGCUUUGCAACAAACAACAAGCCCCCAAACCUUCUUUGAUACUCCUCCAAUGCUACUGUUAUUUAUUUCAUUGGGCCGUUGGUUGGAGCACAUUGCCAAGGGGAAGACAUCAGAAGCACUUUCAAAGUUACUUUCUUUAAAACCUACUGAAGCUCUGUUAGUUAAAAUUGGAGAAGAUAUGGAAAUACUAAAUGAACGUCAAAUUUCUGUUGAUUUAGUACAACGAGGAGAUGUUUUGAAGGUAUUGCCAGGGGCCAAAGUACCUGUUGAUGGCAAGAUUAUUUUUGGUCAUUCAACAUGUGAUGAAUCUUUAAUUACUGGAGAAUCCAUGCCAGUGCCCAAAAAGAAAGGAUCUGUUGUUAUUGGAGGAUCUAUUAAUCAGAACGGGAUGCUUCUACUUAUUGCCACCCAUACAGGAGAGGCCACCACUCUAGCACAAAUCGUGCGACUCGUUGAGGAGGCUCAGACAUCGAAGGCCCCCAUCCAACAACUGGCUGACAAAAUUGCUGGUUACUUUGUUCCUUUUGUUGUUGUGGUGUCAACGAUUACUCUUUUGGGGUGGACUAUUGUUGGCUUCGUUGAUCUUGGAUAUUUGCAUAUCAAAGAAAAAGACAUGGAAGGAUUCAAUCGGGAAGAGAUAAUCUUCCAGUAUGCCUUUCGCUGUGCUCUGAGUGUACUGGCAAUCGCGUGUCCGUGUGCUUUGGGUCUUGCGACGCCGACGGCUGUGAUGGUUGGCACUGGAGUUGGAGCACUGAACGGCAUUUUGAUUAAAGGGGCAGAACCUUUAGAAAAUGCUCAUAAGGUGAAAUCUGUGGUAUUUGACAAGACUGGAACUAUCACUUAUGGAUCUCCAAUGGUUUCCAGAAUUUCAUUGUUUGUAGAUGAACACGUCUGUUCUCUUGACAAACUUUUAGCUUUGUUGGGGACAGCUGAAGCAAAUAGUGAACAUCCCAUUGCAUCAGCAAUUGUUACCUUUGUACGUGAAAUAUUUGGCAGUGAAAUAACUGGAAAGUGCUCCAACUUUGUGGCUGUUCCUGGUUGUGGCCUCAAGUGUAAUAUAUCAAAUAUAGAUGUGCUCCUCUCCCAGGCUCGCAAGUCAGAAGCUCUUGUUAAUUAUCACAAUCAGUACAGGCAUGGCUACAGUGUAAAUGUGAAUGGUGUUAUGAUUGACACCAACUUGAAUCACCAUAGAUCACAAGAGAAACAGGCGAUUACUUUGCAACAACUUCUCAACAUCAAUGCUCCAGCAGAGAAUGUCUGUGAAACAUAUGAGGUGCAUAUUGGUAAUCGUGAAUGGAUUCGACGCACAAUUGGAGAAGUGCCCACUGACAUUGACAGCCACAUGAUAGAUGAGGAGGAACUCGGGCGUAUUUUGGUGGCAUUAGUUAGUGUAGCAGAUAUGGUAAAACCUGAAGCCCACUUGGCAGUGUAUUCUCUGAAAAGAAUGGGCCUUGAAGUAAUUUUAUUGACUGGAGACAAUCGAAAGACUGCUGCAGCGAUUGCAAGACAAGUAGGAAUUCGACAAGUAUUUGCUGAAGUUCUUCCUUCACACAAAGUUGCCAAAAUACAACGAUUGCAAGAGCAAGGCGUUCGUGUGGCGAUGGUAGGAGACGGUGUUAAUGAUUCUCCUGCUCUUGCGCAAGCAGACAUUGGGAUUGCUAUUUCUUCUGGCACUGAUGUUGCAGUUGAAGCUGCUGAUGUUGUGCUUAUGAGGAAUGAUCUCCUUGAUGUUAUUGGCUGUUUUGACUUAUCUCGAAAAACUGUAAGACGUAUUCGCCUCAAUUUCCUCUUCGCCAGCAUGUACAAUUUGGUUGGGAUUCCAGUUGCUGCUGGUAUCUUCAGCCACUUUGGCUUCAUCCUUCAGCCAUGGAUGGCUUCUGCUGCAAUGGCUGCCAGUUCUGUCUCUGUUGUUGGAUCAUCACUUCUCCUGAAGAUGUACCGAAAGCCUACAAAGGAGAGCCUACAGACUGCAGAAUAUACAACUGCUGCAACUGCUCAUAAUGUUGCGUUACAAGAACUAGAUUCAGUUUCCAUUCAUCGAGGCCUUGAUGACAUCGAACGCCCCAUCUUCUCUCGAUCUACCAGCUCAACUCUUUCCAGGCUCUUCGGACGCAAUAAGCAAGAUGUUGAAGGUCGUCUGCUGGGUCCUGAUGAUGGUGAUGAUGCAGAUUUGUCAGUAUCGUUCAGCAACUACAGUGAUUCUAAGAAACGUGAACAUUUGCAAAUGACACCUCUGUGAUCUUUUGGGGACUUUUUAUUGCUUUACCACAAGUAUUUGGCAUGGUAACUUCGGUAUUUCCUCAAAAAUUGUCUUCGUGCUCUAUACUUAUAUAAAUAUAUACAUUUUAUAUUAAAUUAAUAUUUUUAUUGAAUUGUUCUCUC